CUUCACCCGGCAUAACCAACACUUUCGUUGUCGUCCAAGUUCCAGAUCUUGAUCAUUCAACUUCUAGUCAAGUCACUCGACAUAUCAUAACCGUCAACAUGAAGUUCUCUGCUGCCAUCAUUGCCUUCGCUGGCCUCGUCGCCGCCCAGUCCCUCGCCGACGUUCCCACUUGCGCCCAGAAGUGCUUGGCCGACGCCGUCACUUCCACCGGCAAGUGCACUGCAGGCGAUAUUUCCUGCCUGUGCAGCCCUGCCAACUACCAGGCCAUCGUCACCGCCGGUACUCCUUGCGUCCUCGCUAGCUGCGGUGCCGACGUUGCCGUCAACCAGGUCCUCCCCGCCGCUGGCAAGAUCUCUGCUUCUGUCGCUGUCACCAGCGCUGUUUCAUCAGCGGCCGCCGGCACCACUCGCACCGCUGUUGUCACGAGCGCCACCACCACCACCAGCGGCAGCUCUACUGCAACUGCUACCGUCACCCCCGUCACCGUCAACGGUGCCGCUACUCAGGGUCCCGUUGGCCUCCUGGCCGCCCUUGCCCUUGGUGCUCUUGCCUACUUGUAAUCGAAUCCGCAAAGCUGGCCCGGCUCUAUACAUAGCAAGGUUUAUGUCCUGGGUCACGAUUUAGACCGACUUUACUGUAUCUUGGGCGUGUCAGACCACAAGAACGGGG